UAUUCUAUGACCAAGGCAGCUAUUGAAAAAUUUUGUGAUGCUCUAAGACUGGAAAUGAAGAAGUUUGGUGUCCAGGUCUGUAUUAUUCAGCCAGGAAAUUAUGCACGCUCCACGAAUAUCCAGCCACUGGUCAGUGCUGAAGAGAUCUGGAGUGAACUCAGUGAAGAGGAAAAGGCUGUUUACAGUAAGGAGUAUGUUCAAGAGAGGGCAAACUUUUUCAACAGCAUUCUCAGUGAAGGAAGCACUAAUGGCAAUGAGGUGGUAGAUGCUAUGGUAGAUGCAUUAAUGUCUCCUGCACCCAAGGCACGUUACAUGGUGGCAAAGCUGAAGGAAAAGGCACUUGUGUUUCUGUGUGCUUUAUUCCCAACUGUUGUGAUGGAUUCCAUUUUGUCUUAUGCUCUGAGUAAAGUAAAACUUGCAUAGCCUAUGUUGGAACCAACCACUGACUCAGGUGAGGCAGCUUUUAAAAUGUGAAAGUCGGAGCUGAAUCUAAUGCCCUCAUGUAUCAGUGUAAUGACACUGAUUAACCGAUACAAACUUUGGAGGGUCUUCCUAAUCAGAACUGUCACUGAUCCAUAGGGAAAAAUGUACAGGUCCCCAUGCAAAAUUAAAUAAUUUGUUUAGACAAGUUUCUCCUGUGUGGAAAAAAAGAUACAGCCACUUACGCUGCUUUAGGCAUUCCCUAUAAAAUCUAAUGCAGCUUUUUCUAAUGCAAUAGCAGGUUACUGUGUUACAGACAUG